GGCCCUGGGGGACCGUCUGGGCUCUAGGUAUUGCUUGCGUUGGCGGUUUCUGGUUUGCCUGCUGGAAUUUGGAAGGGGUCAUGCAUCAGACUGACGCUCCUCGACCCCUGAACUGGACUAUCCGGAAGCUAUGCCACGCAGCCUUCCUGCCAUCUGUCAGACUUCUUAAGGCUCAGAAAUCCUGGAUAGAAAGAGCAUUUUAUAAAAGAGAAUGCGUUCACAUCAUACCCAGCACCAAAGACCCCCAUAGGUGUUGCUGUGGGCGUCUGAUAGGCCAGCAUGUCGGCCUCACUCCCAGUAUCUCUGUCCUUCAAAAUGAGAAAAAUGAAAGCCGCCUUUCCCGAAACGACAUCCAGUCCGAGAAGUGGUCCAUCAGCAAACACACCCAGCUCAGCCCGACAGAUGCUUUCGGGACCAUUGAGUUCCAAGGAGGCGGCCACUCCAACAAAGCCAUGUAUGUACGUGUGUCUUUCGAUACAAAGCCUGAUCUCCUCCUCCACCUGAUGACCAAGGAAUGGCAAUUGGAGCUUCCCAAGCUUCUCAUCUCUGUCCAUGGGGGGUUGCAGAACUUUGAACUCCAGCCUAAACUCAAGCAAGUCUUUGGGAAAGGUCUCAUCAAAGCUGCCAUGACAACCGGAGCGUGGAUAUUCACUGGAGGGGUUAACACAGGUGUAAUUCGCCAUGUUGGAGAUGCCUUGAAGGACCAUGCAUCAAAAUCUCGGGGGAAGAUAUGCACCAUAGGCAUUGCCCCCUGGGGGAUUGUGGAGAACCAAGAGGACCUGAUUGGGAGAGAUGUUGUCCGUCCCUACCAGACCAUGUCCAACCCCAUGAGCAAGCUCACUGUUCUCAACAGCAUGCAUUCCCAUUUCAUCCUGGCUGACAAUGGGACCACUGGAAAAUACGGAGCAGAGGUGAAACUCCGGAGACAAUUGGAAAAGCAUAUUUCACUUCAGAAGAUAAAUACAAGAUGCCUGCCGUUUUUCUCUCUUGACUCCCGCUUGUUUUAUUCAUUUUGGGGUAGUUGCCAAUUAGACCCAAUUGGGAUCGGCCAAGGCGUGCCGGUGGUGGCGCUCAUUGUGGAAGGAGGACCCAAUGUGAUCUCCAUUGUUCUGGAAUACCUUCGAGACACCCCUCCCGUGCCUGUUGUUGUCUGUGAUGGGAGCGGCCGAGCAUCGGACAUCCUGGCCUUUGGGCAUAAGUAUUCGGAAGAAGGCGGGUAG